GAAGUAAACCUGUCCUGUUCCUCAUGUAACAAAUGAAUAAACCGAGGCUCAGAGAGGUUACAGGCUCUUGCCCAAGGUCACAUAGCUGUGCUGCGCAGCAUCCCGUAUUUGAAUCGCCUUUCUUGGGCUCCAACACCACAGUUAGUGAUGGAAGAAGAUGGUGCCGAUCUCUUAACUCCAGAGAAAACCGUGAAGAAAAUUAAUCUGUAAAACCCAAGCCAGGGAAAGGGGCUCCGGUGUGCGGGGGAAUUUGCAGACGCUCCCUUCUGGCGGGGAUAGCACGACCUGUCCUUCAGUCCGGGACCUUCGGCCGGUCCCGCCGCGGCGAACGGGAGAGCUGGUGGAAGCCGAGGCGGUAGGACCUGCAGCAGCGGCUGAGACCCUGGCGGAAGCGCCAUGUCCGAGCCGCCCUCGCGGGGGGCCGAGCGCGACCUUUUCCGGGACACGUGGGUGCGGUACCUGGGCUACGCCAAUGAGGUGGGGGAGGCCUUCCGCUCCCUGGUGCCGGCAGCUGUCGUGUGGCUGAGCUACGGCGUGUCCAGCUCCUACGUGCUGGCCGAUGCCAUUGACAAGGGCAAGAAAGCCAGAGAUGUACCGGGCCCUGAGGCAGGCCGCAGCAGCAGGGUGACCGUGGCCGUGGUGGACACCUUUGUGUGGCAGGCUCUGGCCUCUGUGGCCAUCCCAGGCUUCACUAUCAACCGCGUGUGUGCGGCCUCCCUCUACAUCCUGAGCACUGCCACCCGCUGGCCUCUGGCUGUCCGCAAGUGGACCACCACCACGCUGGGGCUGCUCACCAUCCCCGUCAUCAUCCACCCCAUCGACAGCCUUCAAGAUCCAUCUCUAAUGGUACCUGCUCCUUGAACCCUCCCUGCCACCUUCCCCACUUCAUCAUCAUGCAGCCCCUCUCCUUGGACAAGAAUCAUCAAAUGACACCCACGGAGAACACAGCCGGAGUGCUUCCUACAUGCCAGGCGCUGUGUUACGGAAACUCUGUCACGGCCUUUUCGGCACCUGGUGCCACCGUUAUCAUCCCACAGAUGAGAAAGUGAAGUCCACGUGCAGUGAGCCUUCCGUCAGCAGUUAACUGUCACUAAAUCCCACGUGAGUGAGGAGGCUUCAGAGCAUUUUCUAAAAGGAGGCAUUGCAGGCAGGAGGAUGUGGGGGCCUGGGGUGGGGGAACGUGCACGUGCUCAGCCUGGCCCAGCUCGGCCAGGCCCUGGGCUCCCGUGUGGGCUCCAGGUGAGGCUCGUUCCUUCCUCAGCCUCCUCUGGGCCAAUUUAAGGAGGCUGGGGAGGGGGAAAAUGUCUCCUCAUUAUGGCUGCCCCCAGGAGGCUUCUGUGGGUUGCUCAGGUCUUGCUUCUCUGCAGUCUGGGUCCCCCCCUUCACACAGUGGGCAGCUUUCAGGCCUCCGUCUUCCUGCUGCUAUGCUGCUCGCUGACCACAGCUGAAAUGGGGGUGCCUGUUGGCCAAGGCUAAGCAGGGUCUCUUUCUCUCCCCAUUUCACCUCCUGGACACUCAGAACAAAGCGCCUGGCCCCUGAGUGAGACUGGGCACCCGGAAGCUGGGAGCUGGAGGGCUCCUGCCCAUUGACUGUAGCUGGGCAUUGGUGGAUGCCAAGGGGCAUCUUUUGGCUCUUGGCUGCAGCCCUAGGCUAGGCUCUCUGUGCUACCCCUGACCUCCCUCCUGGUACAAGUCCACGCCUCUGUCCACAGUGGGGUCUGUGAACUGUGGUCAAGGAGCUGGGACAGAUGUGGAUAAUCUGACAACACAGCUCACAGCAGCCUCGGCCCCAAGGGUGGAAAGGGUCCACCCCUUCUUCCUCUGCACCCCUGCUGCAGCCUAGGGGUGGGACCUUUCCCUCAGGGGGCAAGGGUGAGACCCGAUGCUGAGCCAUCCUCCCCCACCACAUCCUUGCCCCACCUGCAGACACUGCCACCAUCUUCCAAGAGCAUGGAUCCAUCCAUCUCUGCCUACCUCCCCAUCCCUUAUUUGUAGGGUGGCCAGAUAAAAUAUAGGACACCCAGUUAAAUUUUAGUUUCAGAUAAAUAGCAUGUCCCAAGUAUUGCUUUUUUUCUUCUUCUAAAUCUGACAACCCUUUCUUCUCUUCCUCCUUCCUAUCCACCCCUCUCCCAGCCCCCUGCUCGGAGAGUCGGCGGUCUUGUCCUGUUCUGGCAAGUUGCUGCAGUAACGGGAAUUAGUGGUGGGAGGAGGGAGGCGGCAGGUGGGAGGAGGGAGGCUUUGGCUCCAGUCCUAUUUCUGCCACCCAUGGGCUGAAGGAAACGAGGCCAGUACUGUUUUUGAUCUAUAAAAUGUAUCCCUAAGUGCAGAUGGAAAGUGCUAGCCGCUGCUGCAUGUUAGCUUGAAUGGUCUUGGACUCAGGCCUCUUCUGCCUGUGGCGGGGCUCACCCCAGCAGGCUGGGCUCUCAGCUCAUUCCCAAGGAACGUCAAGACCUUCGGUCCCCACCCACCCAUGUUCUCUGUGGAACUCCUCUCCUCCUGUCAAGAGAUGUACCAGGACCUGGGGCUCAAGCCAGCAGCUCCAUGUCCCCGAAGCAGAAAGCUCCUGGGGCCGUGAUGUCUCCCUGAGUCACCCAGGGUCAUGGUGGGUAGCAAGAGGCCACGCUUCUCAGCGGCCAUGUGAGCGGUGGACUGGAUGCUGGGCUCUGAAGCACAAGCCCUGCCUGCUCUGCUGUGAGUUUCCUUGGAUGACCUGCUUAAUCAGCGUCGGGGGUCUCCAUUGUUCCAACUGCUCAAUGGGCAUAAUCCUCUUCUGCCCACAAACUGGGAUUGGAGAGGGUGACAUCCAAGACAUUUCCACUGGACAAUCUAAGAUAUUCCUUCUUCUCUGUAAAAGUAGAGUCUUAGGUGGUGGUAUUAUGGAGCAAUUAAGAGCAAUGUCUUUGGAGUUAAAAACAAACAAACACACACCUGGGUCUUGGA